GCUGAUUACGUCACGCUUCUUUUCUUUUCCCCAACACGUGUCUGUUCUGCUAGCUAGUUAGCAGUCGACGCAUGACAAUAUUGUUCCCUGUUUAUUUUUGUUUAAAAUAUUACAGUCAAAAUGCAGAUCUGCAAUGUGUGCAGUGGAGAGACACCCAAAUACCGAUGUCCGGCCUGUAGAAUCAGAUACUGCUCUCUCAGUUGUUACAAGACCCACAAGGCCAAUGAUACCUGCCAGCCCCUAAAACAGUCAGUCCCUCCUCCCGUUCAAGACCUAAAUGGAGCAUACAGCAAUGUUUCAGCAGAGGAUCCCUGGACCGUUGAAGAUCUCCUUGAUGAUGACCAGACAGAUAAAGUACCACUUCAGAGGCUACGACGAUUAGGCAAGUCGGAGGAGCUGAGAGAGCUGCUCCGAAACCCACAUCUCCGUCAGCUGAUGAGCUCUUUGGACGCAGCCGACAGCAAAGCAGACGCCAUUAAGACCGCAAUGCAAGAGCCUCUGUUUGUUGAGCUUUCAGAUCGAUGCUUGCAGAUUGUUGAGAAAAACUAUUAAAAAUGUACUUGCAGACAGAGCUGAGCAGAAGAUA